GCUAGAGAGAGACAGAGAGAAGAAAGCAUCAUGGGAAGAGGGAAGGUGGUUCUGGAGAGAAUACAGAACAAGAUCAAUCGGCAAGUAACAUUCUCAAAGAGAAGGAGUGGUUUGCUGAAGAAAGCGUUUGAGCUAUCUUUGCUAUGCGAUGCUGAAAUCGCUCUCAUCAUCUUCUCUAGCCGUGGCAAGCUUUUCCAGUACAGCAGCACUGACAUGUGUAGAAUCAUUGAGAAGUAUCGUGAAUCUUGCUUCAAUAGUAUGUCUCAGACUGGGGACUUGUCUGAACAUCAAUCUCAGAGGUUGUACCAGGAGCUUUCGGUAUUAAGAGUCAAACACGAAUCUCUAGAGCGAAUGCAAAGGAAUUUUCUGGGAGAAGAACUGGAGCCACUUAGCAUGAAAGAAUUGCAAAGCCUAGAGAAACAAUUGGACAGAACACUUUCACAAGCUCGAAAGUACCAGACGCAAAAGUUAACGGCACGAGUUGAUGAAUUACGCCAAGAGGUGCAUAACCUGGAGGAGGCUAACAAACAAUUGAAAUUCAAGGAAAAAGAUAUAUGCACCAAGACUUGUGAGGGUUCUACAAAUUCUACCUCAUUCGUCUACAACAACCAUGUUUUGCAUGAUGCAGAACCUGAUCAAUUUGAAUCUGGGAAAACAAAGUUUGUACUAGCUACAAUUUUAUUUUCUUUAAUUUGUCUUUUAAUAGCUAGAAUGAUAGUAGUUGCAAUUAAUUAGCCACACUCCUACUAGAUAUUUCACUGUUGAUGGUUGAAGUUAAUUAGUUCGCUCUAGUUGGUUCUGUUUAUUAGUUUUUAAUUGUUGCAGUCUAUUUCGGCACUUGCAGCAAGGAGCUUUCAAAGGAAAAGCAAUGGAUACAAGUUAAGGAAUGAGCGAGCUCAAUAAGAACACUAAAUGGCUGCUUUAAAUUUAGUACUGUUCGCAUGCUAGAUCGUGAUCUUGUGUGUAUGAUCCUCCAAAUAUAUGGCUAAAAAAUCUUGGUAAUUAAUUAAGUGCACAUCGAUGACACUUGGAUUGUCAUUUGAUUUAUAAUAGGGAAGUGCUUUUUUGUCAGUAUGCAGGUCAAUGUGCCUUCAAGUUCAACUGGCAUUGUACCAAAUGUUAUGUAGCCAACCAAAUAUUUUUACUGAAGGAAAAUAAUCUCUUUUGUUUUUGGUCAA